CAGGAAGUGAAGUUUUUUCCUGGGGUCAGAACAAGUAUGGACAAUUAGGAUUAGGUUUUGAAUAUAAAAAGCAAACAUCUCCACAAGUAAUCAAAUCUUUAUUAGGGAUCCCUUUUGCCCAAAUAACAGCAGGCGGUGCCCAUAGCUUUGUACUUACUCUUUCUGGAGCAGUCUUUGGAUGGGGCCGGAACAAAUUUGGACAACUCGGUCUUAAUGAUGAAAAUGAUAGAUACGUCCCCAAUCUUCUGAAGUCACUAAGAUCCCAAAAAAUUGUUUAUAUCUCCUGUGGAGAAGAUCAUACUGCAGCUCUUACAAAGGAAGGUGGAGUUUUUACUUUUGGAGCUGGAGGCUAUGGGCAAUUAGGUCAUAACUCUACUGCGCAUGAAAUAAACCCCAGAAAAGUUUUUGAACUUAUGGGGAACAUUGUCGCACAAAUUGCCUGUGGAAGGCAGCACACAUCUGCAUUUGUUCCGUCAACUGGAAGAAUUUACUCUUUUGGUCUUGGGGGAAAUGGACAGUUAGGCAUGGGAACAACCAGUAAUAGGAAAAGCCCCUUUCCAGUAAAAGGAAAUUGGCUGGCAUACAGUGGCCAAAUUCCAGUGAAUUUAGAUGGUGAAGAUUAUUAUUGUGUAAAGAGGAUUUUUUCUGGUGGAGACCAAAGCUUUUCACAUUAUGUUACUCCACAGGAUUUGAUACCAGCAGAUGACUUCAGAUAUCCGAAUGCUUCAAAACAAAUCUGGACUGUGAAUGAAGCUUUCAUUCAGAAAUUAAUGAACUGUACGUCUUCAGGUACAGGGAGGCUCCCUGUGGAGAUAGCAAAUGAAAUAGAGGGAAUGUUUUCUUCUUCUGGCUGCCUAAAUGGAAGCUUUUUAGCUGUCAGCAAUGAUGAUCACUACAGAACUAGUGCCAGGUUCUCAGGGGUGGAUAUGAAUGCCGCCAGGCUUUUAUUUCACAAACUUAUACAGCCCGAACACCCACACAUAUCUCAGCAGGUGGCAGCCAGCUUGGAGAAGAACCUUAUUCCUAAGCUGACCGGCUCCUUGCCUGAUGUGGAAGCAUUAAGACUAUUUCUAACACUGCCAGAAUGCCCCUUAAUGAAUGAAGCAAAGAAUUACAUGACUUUGGCUAUUCCAUUUGCAACUGCUAUUGUGAAUCUAGAAAAAGCUCCAUUGAAAGUACUUGAAAACUGGUGGUCUAUAUUGGAACCUCCGUUGUUCCUCAGAAUAGUGGAACUUUACAAAGAUGUUGUAGUCCACCUUCUGAAACUGUACAAGUUGGGUAUCCCUGCUUCAGAGCAAAGAAUUUUUGCAAGCUGCCUACAUGCUUCGCUCAAAGUUUUGGAAAUACUACACAGGGUGAAUGAAAGAGGUGGGCAGAUAAUACAGUAUGAUAGAUUCUACAUACAUGAAAUACAGGAUUUAAUCGAUAUAAGAAAUGACUACUUCAACUGGAUCCAGCAGCAGGCAUAUGGAAUGGUGUCAGAUGGACCAGUUACAAUUUGCACCUAUCCCUUCGUAUUUGACGCCCAGGCAAAGACAACACUCUUGCAAACAGAUGCAGUCCUGCAAAUGCAGAUGGCUGUUGACCAGGCUCACAGACAGAAUUUCUCAUCUAUUUUUCUCCCAGUAUUUGAAUCUGUCAAUCCAUGUCUGAUCUUAAUUGUGCGCAGAGAAAAUAUUGUGGGGGAUGCCAUGGAAGUUCUAAGGAAAACAAAAAACGUAGAUUACAAGAAACCUCUCAAGGUUAUUUUUGUAGGUGAAGAAGCUGUUGAUGCAGGUGGAGUCCGCAAAGAAUUUUUUUUGCUUAUUAUGAGAGAACUAUUGGAUCCCAAGUAUGGAAUGUUUAGAUACAAUGAAGAUUCAAGACUGAUCUGGUUCUCAGAUAAGACCUUUGAAGACAGUGACUUGUUUCAUCUGAUUGGUGUAGUUUGCGGACUAGCAAUAUAUAAUUUUACUAUUGUAGAACUUCACUUUCCACUGGCUUUAUACAAGAAGCUUCUGAACAAGAAACCUACCCUGGAAGACCUCAAAGAGUUAAUGCCUGAUGUUGGCAGGAGUAUGCAACACUUGCUAGAUUAUCCAGAAGACAAUGUGGAAGAUACCUUCUGCCUCAACUUUACGAUUACGGUUGAAAACUUUGGUGCCACAGAAGUUAAAGAGCUAAUUCCAAAUGGUGCUGAUAUCCCUGUUGUCAAACAGAACAGGCAAGAGUUUGUGGAUGCCUACGUGGACUACAUCUUCAAUAAAUCUGUGGCUUCUCUCUACGAUGCAUUCCAUGAAGGCUUUCACAAAGUGUGUGGUGGUAAAGUUCUUCAGCUGUUUGAACCUAACGAACUGCAAGCAAUGGUGAUUGGGAACACAAACUAUGACUGGAAAGAACUAGAGAAGAAUACUCAAUACAAAGGAGAAUAUUGGGCAGAUCAUCAAACAAUUAAAUGGUUCUGGGAAGUUUUUCAUGAGUUAUCACUGGAAAAGAAGAAACAGUUUUUGUUGUUUUUGACAGGGAGCGAUCGUAUUCCUAUACUUGGAAUGAAGAGCCUUAGUCUUAUUAUCCAACCAACCGGAGGGGGAGAUGAAUAUCUUCCAGUAUCUCAUACAUGUUUUAAUCUCCUUGAUCUUCCAAAAUAUACCAACAAAGAAAUACUCAGAUCAAAGUUGAUCCAAGCAAUCGAUCACUGCGAAGGCUUCAAUUUAGUAUAAUGUAAAAACUCAGCACCAUCCAAUCAUUUCAUUGGGAACAUUAAGCCAAUGCUUAGAUCCGCUUUGCAGUGUAAAUGAGUGAUACCCAAGUGGUGGUGAUUAUAAGAAGCUUGUUCAUAAACUAUGUUCAGUGAUCUGAUUCUUUCACAGGAGCCAAAAAUCCUUAUAUUAAUGAUUGUCUUGAUGCGAAUUGCAUUUUGCCAUCUUAACAAUAAAAAUGCAAUGUUGGAAUAAACACAAGUUUCAUAACUAAAUUUUAGUACUUCACAUAUUGCAAAAAUGUUGCUGUGUGUGUGAAAGAUGUGUUUUUCUUUUCAAAUCACUGAAAGUCAAAUUAGAUUUUCAUUUUGUUAAGUUUUUUUUUAAUAUGCUCCAGCAGCAGUAAAGUAUCUAUUGCUUUAUGGAAUUGGGGCUGCUUUGUUAAAAUAAACAAAGUUAAAUAAAUAGGAAGAGAAAGUAAGUACAACAUAUUUAUCCAUGUUUGGAGAUGGGUUUGGUGAAGACACUGAUUUACCAUAACACAGAGGAAAAUUUAUAUACAUUUACAUUUAUUUACAUAUCAACUUGCAACUAGUUUAGCUUUUAUAAUGAAAGCAAUCAAGAGGAUGUCAAUGCUAUUUUCAUUGGCAGUUCCUUCACAUGUCCAUGCAGUUGUCAUUUGUUAAUUAAAAGUAUGAAAGAAAAAUCAGCUUCUUAAAUUUUGAGAUUUGAUUUGUGGUGAUCCAAAUAAUACUCGGGUGUUUGGC